AGCAACCGAAGGCGUCCUUAGCAGCAGUGGCCGCUGAGAUGCACGAACUUCCGGUUCUCCCGGCAGCUGCAGCUGCCAGAGCCUCUGCCACCUGCCACGACCGGGCCUCUCUCUGGCGUUUGGUCACCUCUUCUUCAUUUUCUUCUGCGCCUAUGGUCCCUCUUGGAGCCAGCGUGGCGGGCCCGGCAGCCCCCGGGUGGUGAGAGAGCAGUCUGGAAACGAUGAAGGCCUCGCAUUGCUGCUGCUGUCUCAGCCACCUCUUGGCUUCCGUCCUCUUCCUGCUGCUGCUGCCCGAGCUAAGCGGGCCCCUGGCAGUGCUGCUACAGGCAGCCGAGGUCGCGCCAGGUCCUGGGCCUCCUGACCCUAGACCACGGACAUUGCCGCCGCUGCCACCGGGCCCUACUGCUGCCCAGCAGCCAGGCCGUGGUCUAGCUGAAGCUGCGGGGCCGCGGGGCUCCGAGGGCGGCAAUGGUAGCAGCCCCGGGGCCGGGCUUGAGGCGGAGGAUCACGGAGGGAAGGCCGGGGAAGGCUCAGUGGGUGGCGGCCUUGCUGUGAGCCCCAACCCUGGCGACAAGCCCAUGACCCAGCGGGCCCUGACAGUGUUGAUGGUGGUGAGCGGCGCGGUGCUGGUGUACUUCGUGGUCAGGACGGUCAGGAUGAGAAGAAGAAACCGAAAGACUAGGAGAUACGGAGUUUUGGACACUAACAUAGAAAACAUGGAAUUGACUCCUUUAGAACAAGAUGAUGAGGAUGAUGAUAACACAUUGUUUGAUGCCAAUCAUCCUCGAAGAAAUAUUCAAGAAUGAAGAAUUUAUAAAGAAAAAGAGGUUUAAUGGACUCACAGUUCUGCAUGGCUGGGGAGGCCUCACAAUCAUGGCGGAGGCAAAGAAGGAGCAAAGGCAUGUCUUACAUGACAGCAGACAAGACAGCAUGUGCAGGGGAACUGCCCUUUAUGAAACAGAUCUCAUGAGACUUAUUCAACAUUGUAAGAACAGCAUGGGAAAAACUCGCCCCCAUGUUUUAGUUACCUCCCACCAGGUUCUUCCCAUGAUACUUGAGGAUUAUGGGAGCUACAAUUCAAGAUGAGAUUUAGAGGGGGACACAGCCAAACCAUAUCACAAAUAAAUAAAUUUGAAAAGUAUGAGAUGUAUAUGUAUGUAUAAUAUAUAUAAUUAUAUGUAUAAUACACUAUUGAAUAUUAUUCAGCAAAAAAAAAAAAAGAAAAGAAAAUCUGGACAUUUGCAACAACAUGGAUGAACCUGGAGGAAUUAAUGCUUUGUGAAACAAUCCAUACAUAGAAAGACAGAUAUUGCAUUAUCUCAUUUAUAUGUGGUAUCUAAAUAGUCAAGCUUAUAGUAACGAAUAGAAAUAGGGGUUGCUAGGGGCUACAGAGAAGGGAAAAUAUGAAGAUGGUAAGUCAGGGGGGUCCAAAGUUUUAGUCAUGCAAAAUGAGUAAAUUCAUUUAUGUGAGAUGAGUAAGUUAUGCAAGAUGAAUAACUUCUUAAUGGACAACAAUGUGAAUAUAUAUAGUUUACAAUACAUUACGCUAUUGUAUAUUUUUAAGUUUUCUAGCAAAGUAGGUGUUAAGUGUUCUUGCUACACACAAAAAUAUGGUAAUCACAUGAGGUAAUGGAUAUAUUGAUUAGUGUGAUUGCAGUAAUUCUUUCAUACAGUAUAUGUAUAUCAUAAAAUCAAGGUAAACACUUUAAGCAUACCCAAUUUUUAUUUGACAAUUGUACCUCAGUAAAGAUGGAAAAAUAAAAAGCUCAUGAAACAGUUGUAAUCUACGCUAAUCACCAAUUCUAUAGAUUACAAAAAGUCAUUUUGAAAAUUGUAACACAAGGGAAACUUUGAUUACAAAGUUGUGUUUUGAAGAUUACUCUGACUUGCAUGGGUUGAAGGAGACCAAGAUAAAGAGUAAGGUGACAAGGAAUAAAAGUAGUUAGAUGGUACGGAUGCAUAAGAUGACUUGCAUUACAGUAACAGCAGGAAAGGCAGAGCGGAAUCAAUUAUUUAAGCGGUUUUGGAAGGUAUUAAAUUACCUUCCUUAAUUACCAUCUUAACCAAGAUAUAGGUGUCCUGUUUGAGAGUGAAAGAAUGAGAAUUGGUUAUAAUAAUCGUAAAGCAUGUUUCAGGGAUAAGAAUAAAAUCAUCUUGAGUUUUUUAAUAAUCUGACCCAAUUUACUUAAUAAGAAAAAACUUUAAUAUAUAUCUAAAUAAACUGACAGGAACAGUGUAUUUCUAUUUACCUUUUCAUUCAUUUAUCCAACAAAUGAAUGAUGUAGCAGUUAUUUAUUUGCCAAGCACUGGUCUAGGUAUUUGAGAUACAUUCGAGAGCAGAACAAAACCAAACAAAAAAAAAUUCUCACUUUGUGAAGUUUGUUUGUGAAAAGAUGAGUUAGAGAGGUUAACAAUUCAUUUUUCAUCUUUAGUUUUUCUUCUAUACCUAUCUGAUGUUUUUUUUCAAAGAACAUAUAUUUAUGCAUUACUUUUAAAAAAAAAUCUUUUGUCUAGAAAUAAUUUUAAACUUACAGAAAGUUUACAAGAAUAAAAACAGUACAAAAUAUUAUAUGCUUGUUUUUCAGAUUUAUUAGUUCUUAGCAUUUUAUCCUAUUCUCUUAAGUGGUCUUUCUUCUGUCAUAAUAUAUAUACAGAAGAAUUCAUACCUCUCCUUUUGUGUUUAUCUGAUGUUCUGAUGUUUCCUCAUAAUUAGAUUCAGGUUCCUCAUUCUUAGUUGAAAUACUUCUUAGUUCAUGCUGUCUCUUAAAGGUAUCAUAUCUGGAAACACGGAUGUCCAUUUCUACUUCAUCUGUUUAAGCUUUGUCCAAUUUCUCCACUCUGUUGAUGAUUUUUCCCCUCCAUAUCUAAUAAGGAAACAUUUUACAAUCAUGGAAAUAUCCUAUUUCUCAUCUAAAUUUCUCCCUAUGUUUAACAUCUAUUCAUCACAAUUCUUGCCUAAUCUAAUCUUCAUUAUGAAACUUAGAACAUAAUUAAUUCAAACUUAAUUAUUUCUUUUCUGUUUACCAAUCAGCAUUGACAUUCUCCUAUAAGCAAAAACCUUCCCUUCUUCCUUGUUUGUCAUCAAAAUGUAAUGAUGAUUUUCUCUCUGUCAGUUGUUCAUAAUUUAUUGCUGUACUUAAUUUAGUGCACAUAUGGUUCCAGAUGUGGCCAAUGGAAGCUUCUUCAAAAUGGUUUCUGUCCUUGUAACUCAGUCCCAUUUUUUUUUUUAAGUACCUUACUUUCCAGCCUCACAAGAUAAUCUAGGCACUUUUGGACUGAGCCUUGAAAUGAGGCAUUUCUCCAUAGAGCCCUGGUUUCUUUGAAUGGACACUAGGUAAAGUCUUUGGAACUGGGUUGACUUUGUUUCUGGGCCUUUCAGCACACAGUUCCAUUAAAUGUAUGUAUAUACAUAAAUAUACCUGUGUCCAUCUGCUUUCAUAUACAUACAUAUGUGCAUACUUUAGAUACUAUUACUUAAUACCUCCCAUCCCAGUUUAUCUCUACCGGGUUCUUGUUUGCCUUCUUCCUUUCCAUAAUUGUGUUUGUCUACUGUCAUGAGAUAUCUGGCUUCAAUACUUUUACAAAUUCGUUUAGUCUUAUAAUAAAACUGAAUUAGUUUGUGAGUUUCUUUGCUUAUUAAAGAAUUGCUUUGCUUAGAAAAAAACUUUAAAAACAUUUAUGAAAGUUUGCAGUUUUCUCCUCACAGUUCCAUCAUGUCCAGUAGUGAGGGCAUGUAGUCAGAUACUGUGUUCAUAAAUAAUUGGUCUUAGUUAUGUCCCACACCCCUCUUCAGUGUGCUCAUAGUAGUCAUUUGAAAUAUAAUUUAAUUUAUUGUAGUUUGCUUUCUGGUUUAGGUUUCCAAUUCCUUUCCUAUUUUUAUUUUUUUAUAUGAAAAGCACUAGCAUGCUUCCAAAAGUUAAUACUAUACAGAAAAUUUAAACAGACACAAAUACACAGAGACACAAAAAAAUUCCCGUCUCUCGUAUACCUUCCACUCUCCACUCCAUUCAUCCUACUUCAUCAACUUAUUAUUUUCUUUUCUAUCUUCCCUGUAGUUUUUAUUAUUAUUAUUAUUUUGGUAAAAACUGACAGAAAUGUAUAUUUCUUUUUUUUUUUUUUUUUUUUUUGAGACGGAGUUUCACUCUUGUUACCCAGGCUGGAGUGCAAUGGCGCGAUCUCGGCUCACCGCAACCUCCGCCUCCUGGGUUCAGGCAAUUCUCCUGCCUCAGCCUCCUGAGUAGCUGGGAUUACAGGCAUGCGCCACCGUGCCCAGCUAAUUUUUUGUAUUUUUAGUAGAGACGGGAUUUCACCAUGUUGACCAGGAUGGUCUCGAUCUCUUGACCUCGUGAUCCACCCGCCUUGGUCUCCCAAAGUACUGGGAUUACAGGCUUGAGCCACCGCGCCCGGCCAGAAAUAUGUAUUUCUUAUGUUUCCCUCAUUUCUUACAUAAGAUGAAAUAUGCUAUAUAUGCUCUAUUAUACUUUUUUGUUGUAUUUGAUAUUUUCUGUAAGUCAUACCAUAUGUGUGUGAAUUAUACUCACUGUAGAGUAAUAUGUAGCUAUAAGUCAUGCCAUAUACUAUGCCAUAUAUAUAUGAUACUAUUUGGAGCUACAUAUUACUCUAUAUAGGGUAAUAUAUAUAUAAAUUUACAGUUCCAUACUACUCCAAAGUGACUAUAGCAUAAUAACCAUGGUUUAUUCAAUCACCUGUGGUUUGACAUUUAGGUAGUUUUUAGUCAUUUUGUAAUUAUAAAUAGUACUUCAGUGAAUAACUUUAUGCAAAUGUAUUUUUGUAUUGUUGGAGGCAUAUUUUAAGGGUAAAUUUUUGGGAACAGAAUAAUGGGUCAGGUAAUGUGAACUCAGUUCUAAUAAUGAGGAAUUGAAGUUGCCUAUAAGAUGAUAUCCCACUGGGCAGAACAAAUUGGAUAGAUUCAUUCUUUCAUUAACAGCACUGAUUAACCAUCUACCCUGUGCCCCAGGCACUCUACUAAGCUCUGGGAUGCAUACAGUAGUGCACAAAAAUGGACAAAAUGCUGGAUCUCAUGCAUUUAAAAAUCUAAUGGAUAUACAUAGGCUUACAGUACAGAAUGAAGGAGACUUAGAUACAGAAUUGGGGUUCACAGUUUUUGGUUUUUGAUUAACUCGAGAAUAAUCAAAUUUCUCCUCUAGAUCAGAUUUACUUUUCUCAUUUAAAAAUAAGCAGUAAGGAUGGAUAUUUCAGGACACAAAGAAGCAAAGAAUGGUCAUACAGAUUUUCUAUUUUCCUUUUAUUCUCUUCUUGAAACAAUAUGAAACAUCAUUCAGAUUACACUCACACUAAUUCUAGACCUCUGUGCUAUUUUUUUCAAGGUCUGAGCACAGAGGUCUGGAAUCGGUGUGAGUGUAAUUUGGGAAAGGUGGCCACAUUUCUACCAUGUAACAGCAUUUUUAAAGAGAUGUGAGAAGAGGUGUGUUUAUUCCUAUUACCUUCUGUGGCUUAGAAUUUAUUUUCUAUAAUGAGAUAUACAUUCCAAACACCAUUACUUUAUUUGAAGAAUGACCCCAUCUGACUUCUUAAUUUAAUGGGCAGAACCCUAUCUGAUUUUUUAAUGUUGAUAUUAGAGAUUAAACAUGCAUUAAGCUAUCAAUUCAUUAAACAUUUUACAGUUAUCUUGUGUGAAAGCUGCACAUUGAUCUUACUGUGGCUCAUUUUAGUAACAAAUGAUACUCAUGGUUAAUACCAUUCCCCCCCAGUAAAUUGGAAAAAAAAAAAGGCUAUACUUAUGUGAAUAUAUAUUAUAAGAUCUUUUUCGGCCCUGAAAGAGGAACUUGACCAAGGAUUUCCCAGAAUAGCCAUAUAAUGCCAACAUCCUAAUUCCUUAGAUCCUAUAAAUCAAUUAAGUUACAUGACAAAGAUGACCAAAGAUUGCAGAGGGAAUUAAGAUUGCUAAUAGGUGGAUUUUAAAAUAGUUGGACAUCCUGGAUUAUAUGCAUAUUAUAUAUCAAGUUAUUUUGAUUGCCAUAGCAUUAUAGGAAGUAGAUAUCAGAUAGGGCUAGCCCCAAUAUUAAGUAGAAGGUUAGCUGUUUUUUUGGAGAUAUUGCUUGUCAGCAUAAAUGGAUUUCCUACUAUUUCUAGAUUGCUAAGAGUAUUUAUCAUAAAUGGUGUUGAAUUUUGUCACAUACUUUUUCUGCAUGUACUGAAAGUGAUUGUUUUCUGCCUUUCAGUCAAUAAAUAUGCUGAAUUUCAUUGACUCAACUAUGUCUUUCAAAAAUUUGUGUAACACUGCCGUUAUUUCUGCCUUCAGUGUUUGAUAGAACAAAUGACUGAAAUUGUUAAGGGAAUGAACUUUUUUAUUGGAUGGGAAAAGUUCUUUAACAGACAGAGCUAUUCAGAUUUUCUGUUACUUCUUAUGUAAUUGUAAAUUGUUUUAUCAAGAAAUUUGUCCAUAAAAUACUGGAUUUUAGAAAACAAGUGGUAAAUUAUGUGCAUAAUUUUCAUAUAACUGAUUUUCCUUGUGAUUAUUUAAAUACUUAAGUAUAUACAUAUAUAUUCCAGUAAAUACAAAUAUAUAAAAAUAUUUAAAUAUAUAUUUAUGAUUAUAUAUUGCAAGAAAUAUACUUCAAUAUAUAAAGUAUAUUCUCAUGUGUGUAUGUGUGUAUACACACAAUUACUUUACUGUUACAUUAUCAUAAAGUAAUAAAAAGGUCUAGAAAUGUGGCAUCUUUUACCAUUGUAAUUGUUAUAAAUAAAUCUACUUUCAAUAGCAAAGAUUGCUACAAAUAUCCUGCAAUGGAUAGAGUAGGUUUUACAACCAGUUUUACAGCAAAGUCUCUUGUGGCUAUGGUUACAUGUGUUAUAUCUUGCUAUACUGAUUAUAUUAGUCACAUAUUUUGUUAACCACAGCAAAUUAAAGUCUGCCAUCAAUGAAUAUCAGGAAACAUAAAACUGUUGCAGUUUGGAUUUUACCAUUGAACUGAAAGGAUGAUUCCCUUACUGACUCUGAUAUUUUUUAGAUCUGUUGGAAUUUUUACAGAAUUACUUUAAAAUAUCAUUGUCAAUACACCCAAGCCCCAAUAUGAUUUAAUAAAUAAAUCAGUUUAGUAGUAUUCCUGUUGAUGGAAGUUAUAUUAAUCUGUCUAAUUAAAUGUAGUAAAGUUGAUUCAAGUUUUUUCUUAAUAGAAUGUGACAUUUCCUAUUAAAACAACACUUGAGCCAAUUUAAAACUCUCUGAAAACAUCCUAAACACAUGGUUAAGACAGUCAUGUAUAAAACAAUGAUUUUUUUUUUUUGAGACGGAGUUUCGCUCUUGUUACCCAGGCUGAAGUGCAAUGGCGCGAUCUCGGCUCACCCAACCUCCGCCUCCUGGGUUCAGGCAAUUCUCCUGCCUCAGCCUCCCGAGUAGCUUGGAUUACAGACACGCACCACCAUGCCCAGCUAAUUUUUUGUAUUUUUAGUAGAGAUGGGGUUUCACCAUGUUGACCAGGAUGGUCUCGAUCUCUUGACCUCAUGAUCGACCCGCCUCAGCCUCCCAAAGUACUGGGAUUACAGGCUUGAGCCACCACGCCCAGCCAACAAUGAUUAUUUUUAUUUGGUUAAUGAACUCUAUAUAUGAGCACAAUGUACUACUGAAUUGAAUUCUAAAGGGCAAAGAAACAUACAAUUCCACAGAUUUCCAAACUUAGAGUUUUUCACUGCAAACUUCAUCUCCCAAGUUCAAGCGAUUCUCGUGCCUCAGCCUUCUGAGUAGCUGGGAUUACAGAGGUGUGCCACCACACAUGACUCAUUUUUGCAUUUUUAGUAGAGACAGGGUUUCACCAUGUUGGCCAGGCUGGUAGGAACUCCUGGCCUCAGGUGAUCCAUCUGCUUCAGCCUCCCAAAGUGCCCGGAUUACAGGCGUGAGCUAUCAUGCCUGGCCUCAAACUUAUGAUGACUUGGUCCAGCAUUCACUCUUGAAGUAAAUAUUUUAUUGAAAUUACCAAGUCAUAUUUCAUCUAUCUUAACUUGUCUAACAAUAAAGUUUUUAGCUUUACUUCUAUUCCUGUUUACUUCUCUCUUGUUAUAAUUCUUCACCCAAAUUUGACUCUUAUUGAAUAAAAAUUAGCAAAGAACCUAUAUUCUACUAGGGAGAGCGUGGAUAAUAUUCAAAUAACUAAAAGAGCAGAAAAGAAUAUCUAAAUGGUGUAGUUUUUCAUAAAAGAGAACUCUUAUAUCUGCCCUGAACAGAGUGAAAUAACAAUUGCAGUAAGAGUGAUUGUGACAGCUGCUUGUUAAUAAAUACCUACAUUAGUGCAGGAUCCAAAUGCACUAUGAAAUCAUUAAAAACAUUUCUUGCAGAGUAGUUCACAUUGCUGUCAUUGGAAAGAUAGGAAAACUGAGGCUUAGUUCAAGUGACUUCAUCUGCAGUAUCCUGCAAUUAAUCUCAUUCCAUUUGUUUGAUAUUUGUUUGAUUUAUACAUAAAGAGGAUAAUUCUAAAUUCUGUUCAUUCUGUCUUCUAUACUACUACUUGUAUUACCGUUAAUUUUUGAAAUACAGACUUCUAAAGUAAAGCAUAUAAGUAGUAUGAUUUGUCUGCCUUUUCAAUUAUAGUACAGAAUCUAAUUACAGUAUAACUUUUAACAAUUGUUGUUAGAUCAUCCCUUACUCAUGCUGUCUUCAUUGUUUAAGUGUUUUUAAAAUUAGUUCCUCUUCAUUUUCCAAAUUCUAUCCACAAAAUAACAGGAAGCAAGUCAUUUCCAGAGAGCUAAAUGAAUUUCCUUGCUUACAGUUUUACAAAAGAAGCUUUUUGUAGUCAGCUCUUUCUGAGAGGGGGUGUUUUUAAUGUGGCCUUAAAUACAUCAGAAUAGAUUGUUAUUGAUCAUUAAGAUGUGUGGGGUAAUUAUUUUCUCUGUUUCUUCAUAUUAGAUUGAACCAUAUGAAAUGCCAAUAUAUGGUUUAAUAUAAAUUUCCUAAAGGAAGUGUAUUUUGUCAUGUAACAGAAUGUCACAGAUAGAGGCCUCUCCAGGCACAGAAAUUCAGGGCUCUUGUGUCUCUACUCUCUGAUUCCCUUGGUUCUGCUCAUUGUUCUGUGUUGGUUUUAUUCUUAGGCUGAUAAGAGGAUCAUGCUGGCAAUUCCUGUAAUUACAAACAGAUGUUAACUUUAACUGGAAGUUAGGGGCACACUCUUCUAUGUCUCUUAAGAAUGAGAAAGGUUUCCCCAAGGUCCUCCAACACAGUUGUUUUUUAUUUUUAUUUUUUCACAUCAUUGUCCAGAAUUAAGUUAUGAGAUCAUUCAUAAACUAAGACCUGGGGAGGAAAAUGGAAGUACCAUGAUUAGCUCAGACUUAUCAGUUGAGGUGGAACAGAUAUUGAGUAGCUAACCACCAUUCCACCAACUAUGUCUUGCAUGUUAACCUCUGAGGUUCAAUACAAUCAAAUGGGGAAAAAAAUUGUAGGUAUCAGAGAAAAAAUAGUUUGUGCUGCUUGAUUAAUAUAACUUUUCUUGAAUGUGCUAUUAUCCUAAUUUUGUUAAUGAUGAGACUUUUUUUUUGUUUAGUUGCUGAAUCAUUUUGCACAAAAGAAUUAUAAAACUGAAAAACAAAUCUCAGUUCUUAAACUGUUAGUAGAGUUUUCAGCUUUUCAGACAGAAAAACUGAUGAGGAAUCAGAGGCCACAUAUGCUGACUAAAAAUUAUUUCUUUUCUCAAAGCAAAAUGGAGAUAAAUUAUUAUAACCAGUCUCAAGAACCACAGUUUAAAAGAAUGCUUUACAGCAUGAAACAAUAAUUAGAAACAAUCUCUUCUUGCUAUCUUGUUUUAGUGAAAUUAUUUUUAAUUACCCUAAUUUGUUUAUUAUACAAUGUAUGCUUGAAUCAAGAUAUCGCAUGUAUCUUAUAAAUAUGUACAACUAUUAUAUAUCCAUAAUAAUUAAAAAUAAAAAUUAAGUUUAAAAAUUA